ACCACCUCCAAACUUCUCACAACAACAAUGGCGGUAAAUGAAAAACAAACUUAUUAUUAUGACGCACACCAUUGAUGCACCAUCAUCUCCAGUUCUCUACCAAACUCCUACUCUUCGCAAUCUCUACUCAUUCCUCGGAUGUAUUGAUCUGUUCACGUGAAUUGGAAAUAGCUUGCUGAUACCACCUGUGAGGCUGUGAAUGUCAAAACCCAUUAUGGAAGAUAAAGGAGCUGCUAUGAUAAUUGAUAAGAUUGACAAUGGCCAGAGCAAAAAAGAAGCUAAAUCUGAGAGGGUUCAAGAGGAUGUUGUGCUUAUGCCUACAGAGGAUUCAUUCUCUGCAGAAGAUACCGUACCAUUCAGCAUGACUGAUCCCCAAUCUGGGAGAGAGAUUGCACAAAUGGAAGCACUUAAACAAUGUGACUAUUCAACAGAUGUGAAUAUGGAGGCUACUAUAAAUCCUGAUGAUGUUGUACGAGCUGGAGGUUUUGGUGCCAGAGAUGACUUAAGUAGUUUUCUUCCUACUGCAAGUGACUCAACUGACUUUGAAGCUUCUUUGCUUGACGCACGUGACUAUGAAGAGUGCCAGGGUGAGCAACACCGACCAGGCCUUGGCUGGAGUGAAAAUAGAGUGUCAGAGUAAAAGUGUUGUUUCAGGAAAUCUCUUUCAGAUUUUUUCUCUAGUCACAAACUAUGGUAAAGGUACGUUUGUAACACAUUCAGUGUGUCUAGUUCUUUAUGGUUGUGUGCUUUGUUGUUGACUUGCUUUGCCUGCCAAAAGGCAAACUUGUUGCGUGUCUUUUCAUGUGGGCCAAUCUAAGAUUCUUUUUCAGUAAUCU